GUUAAACAUUGACAAACAAUAACAAACUAAUAGAUGAAACAAAAGCUGUAAGUGAUCAUCAUUAUCAUCAAUAUUAUAAUUGUUCAUCAUUUGUGAAUCUACUGUGCUCAACCCUUUACUGGAUUAAAAGGCUAAUGUGAAAAUAUUGUUAGUUAAACAUGAUAAUCGAUAAAGUCUGAUCAAGAAUAAACAAAAGUCUUGAAAACUCAACAAAUCAAUAUCAUCCUCUAAUCAACUUUAUCCACCUUUUUCAUCCUCCAUCAGUCAUUUCAUCUUCCCUGCAACUCCCACCCUAACCUUUUGACCAUCAACUAACCAAUGAACAAUCAACUGAUGAUUGUUUAUUAAAUUAAUGAUCAUUAUUUGCUGCUCCACUAAAAAACCAACAACAACACUGCUUUUUUCACCUUUCAUUAAGUUCAACAUUGAAUCCCUUUUUAUACACUCGUUAGCAAAGUUAACCCAUCACUUGUUAUUAACAUUAUCUUAACAUAUUGUGUUUAUUAAUUUAUUGGUAAUUCAAUCAAUUGAGAUUGACAUUGAUUCAAUUUAAAGCUGUUAAGUUGUUGCAAAGCUGUUUGACUUUAAAACAAAGCUGUUGAAGAGCGCUUCAAAUCCCGUUAAUAAUCAAAUAACAUUUGACUUUAUAUUUUUGACACUUUUCCUUGCAAAUUGUUGAUUGCAAAGUGUUUUUCAAUUAACAAUCAACAACAUUUAACUUGAUCAACAUGGAUCAAAAAGGUAUACAAUUGAAUGCUGCAAAAUUUGGUCACAUUGAAAAUGAUUUACUGACCAGUAAAAGACACAGCAUUGAUGCCAUUCUUGGCCUUCAAACAAUCAAGGAAACUGAUUACAAAAGGUGCAAAAAGCUGGUCAAAAAGUGUAAAGAUGAAAUUUCAAAGAAAAACAUUUCAAUAAUUUACAACCCAUUGAGCUAUCAUGAUACCUAUCCAUCGUCACCCUGUUCAUCACCAAAUUAUCCAAUGAAACAAUGCACCGGUUUCAAUGAUGACAGAGUUAUCAAUGAACAAGAUGAAACUACUGAACAUGAUCAGAAUGUCAAUGAUGACUCUGAAGAUGAUUCAGAUGAUGUUGGAUCAAAUAGUGCCGGUGAAGAUAAUGCAUCCCUUCAUCAUCAUCCAUCAUCUUCUCACCAUUUAUCAUCACCCUUUUCACCAUCAUCAUGUUCACCAGGACCGCACAAGAAGAAACACCGACGCAAUCGAACCACUUUCACCACCUAUCAACUUCACCAACUUGAACGGGCCUUUGAAAGGUCACAUUAUCCCGAUGUAUAUGUAAGGGAAGAGUUGGCAUCCAAAGUGAAUCUACCCGAAGUGAGAGUUCAGGUUUGGUUUCAGAAUAGGCGAGCGAAAUGGCGACGUCAGGAAAAAUUGGAAAUAUCUUCUGGUUUUCAAGGCAUAAAUGAUCAUCUAAAUUCACCACAAUUAACUGGAUUAACCGAUUCACCAGUUAAUAACAAUCAUUCAUCGUCGGCAAGUUUAAAUCAUUCCUCACUCGGGAUACCACAUCAUUCAGUUAGUCACAAUUCACUUUCAAAUCUUCAUUCAUCCAUUCCUCAGAAUCUGUUGAUGAGUGAACUUUGUGGUCGGUCACAAGGUGCACAUUACCCGUUAGAGUCUUGGUUAGCCGCAACUGCGGCAUCAUCUUUACCAUCUUCUUCUUCUGGUUUAUCAUCAAAUCCAUCUGCAGGCACAUCGUCAUCACGAGCAACUACUUUACCCUCACCAUCAACUUCGUCCAUUUCGAAUGUGAACUCAAUUUCUAAUACAUUAACGAACGGAACUCAUUCUUUCCCUGUCAAUUUCAAAGCUCACCCAGGAUCCGUCUAUCCAAAUUACUUUUUAAACUCUUCAACAUCGUUGCCUCUUUCAACUGGUUCGAUAGCCAGUGUUUCCUCCGGCCUUCAUUCAUCUCAUUAUAUAAAUCCCCUCUUUCCUUUCACAGCUUUACCCCUUUCUGUUCAUUCAGGCCAACCUCCGCCUUUUUUGUAUUUAAACUCAAUUUCUCGACGACCCUCAAAUGGAUCAUCUUUAUCUCUCACUGGAUCACCAUUGAACCUAUCAACUUCUACUGAAACUAUUUCAAAAUUGACACUUUCUUCACCCUCUUCAGCAUCAUCUUCACCCCGUGCUACAAGCAAUGCUCAAACAGCAACAGAAAAAUCGACCAUAAAAAACAGUUCAUCUGGAUUACUAUUCAACUCUCAAACCCAAAAAAGAAACCAAAGUGAAAAGCAAACCCUCUCAUCCCUAGUUAACUCUAGUAAUGAAUCAAAAUUGCAGUCUGAUCAAAAUUCAGCUGCCAAAUAAGUUGAUGCAAAACCGUUCCUUUCGAAGUGUUUCGAUUACUCUGUACUAUUUCAAAGCUGGAAAUUUCACUUCUUUAGAUCAAUUUUCUUAACUGAAGUUUAGAACCAUAAAUAAAGAUUUUUUGUUUCAUAAA